UCUGAUUCAUGGGAACUUACUUCAGGCUCUAAGCAGAAUAAAUUCCCUGACAAAAGAAAAAGGAAUUCUGUGGACUCAGAUCUGAAAAGCACAAGAGAAUCUAUGAUACCAAAAGCAAAAGAGUCCUUCCUUGAGAAGCGUCCUGAUGGACCACAUCAGAGAGAAAAAUUUAUAAAACAUAUUGCACUGAAGACACCUGGUGGUGUGUUGCGCUUGGAAGAUAUAUCCAAGGAACCAAAUGAUGAAACUGAUCGCUCCUCUGCAGGCUUGGCACCUUCAAAUUCUGGCCACCAUUCUUCCAGGAAUAGUGACCAAAUCCGUGUGGCAAGUACCAAAGAGACUAAGAUACAGAAACCCCACUUACCUUUACCUCAGGAAAAAUCUGCAAUUAAAAAAGCUAGCAACCUUCAGAAAAAUAAAACUGCUAGCUCUGUGACGUCAAAGGAAACAAAACUUCUACCUUUACUUUCCCAUGUUCCAAGUGCUGGUUCCUCUCGGGUACCACUAAAUGCUAAAAAUUGCACUCUUCCAGUUUCUAAAAGAGAUAAAGAGCGUUCCUCAUCUAAAGAAUGUUCUGGGCAUUCUGCAGAAUCCUCCAAACACAAAGAACAUAAAGCAAAGACUAAUAAGGCUGAUUCUAAUGUAUCGUCAGGGAAAAUUUCUGGGGAAUCUUUGCGUUCAGAAUAUGGCACUCCUACAAAGUCUCCCCCAGCUGCUUUGGAAGUUGUGCCAUGUAUCCCAAGCCUUACAGCACCUUCAGCUGAAGUCCCUUCAGAUAAAGAGAGUUCAGGAAAUUCCAAUGCAGGUAGCAAUGCACUGAAAAGAAAACUAAGGGGUGAUUUUGAUAGUGAUGAAGAAAGUUUAGGUUACAACCUAGACAGUGAUGAGGAAGAGGAAACAUUAAAAUCACUGGAAGAAAUAAUGGCUUUGAACUUCAAUCAAACUCCUACUACUACAGGAAAGCCUCCUGCUCUUUCCAAGGGGCUUAGAUCUCAGUCAUCAGACUAUAUGGUAAGUAGCUCUGUGACAUUUAUCUUUACCUGA